AUGUCUUUAGCCUCGGGCGGAAAUCAAAUCCCGUCUUCUCGCUCGUCCAUUGUCAUGAUGAGACAGACAACCUUGUUACGUACAUCGCUGUAUCGCAAUAUUAAGAUCCUGUUCAAGGACGAACAUUCGCCUCGAAAGCCGGCCUGGAACACACUGGCCCCGAUGCUUUCAUUCUUGUCCCGACUAGUAGGCGCAGAGGGCAACGCGCACAUCUCGAUUCGGUCAGAACUCCGCAUCAUACUCAUUCUAUACGAUCCUCUGGCUGACCACCUAUACCAUGUGGGCAGGACAGAAAAGGACUUUGUGAUUCUCAGAGGGCCUCCUGAAGAGGCGACAGAACAGCCUCUUCAAGGUACAGUCAGGUUGCGUCUACCUGCUGGACACAAGGUGCUUGGCGUACGCCUCUGUAUGAACGGUUUCUUGAGGCACACUGAGCACGAUGCCGACUCCAGCACGCCCGACUCCUACCGUACCAUCAGCGUAUUUGAACAGGAAUCGCCACCGUUCCUCAUCGACCACGGCCAUAGAAUCGUCUCGGAAGAUGAGCCAGAUCUGGAAACCUUUGAGUGGCCCUUCGUCCUGAUAGUUCCCGGUGACGUCCCAGAGACCUUCCAGGGAUGCGGCCGGUGCAGCAUAACGUAUCGGCUGGGGGCGACGACGAUCCGGAACAGUUCUUCGGCGUCGCCGCCGCAGACGUACAGGACGAUUCGCAUAAACCGCGCCCUAUCGAACUCGGCCUUCACAUUGAUGGACCCGGUCACAAUCGAAGGGACGUGGUCCGAUACCCUGCGAUACUCCGUCUCCAUCGCACAUCGUGCCGUUGCACUGGGGACGACGAUACCACUCGAGAUGUCCGUGACGGCCCUGAAGGAGGGGGUGGAAGUGCUUCGAGCCCGAUGCCGGCUGUCCGAGUCGCAUGAAGUGACGGGUGGGAGGCAUCGACUGGCAGCCUUCACGGGCGACAGACAAGUUGCCGAAUGGGCCAUAUCCAUCCAAAGCCGUGAUAGGAAAGAAGACCAUCAAGUUCAGAAGAUGACGCAAAACCUGCCAUUGCCAAAGGAACCAAAGAGGUGCUCUCCAGAUGUGGCUGCCCUCGGCAUCCAGACGAGCCAUGUCCUUCAUGUCGAUGUUACGGUUCGGCAGCCCGAGGGCCGCACGUCUUCGUAUCGUGUGACGUUGCCUGUUAUACUCUUUAUUUCACCUCAGCUGCCGAUCGACGGGAGCGAGACGUUUGUUUGGCCAGAGGACAUGACGGGGACGAACGACGUAACCUUGCAGAACGGUGUGCUAGAUAUUCCGCCCAUUUACGGCGCACACUUGGAGGAUAAGGUGCUGGAUACCUUGAGUCCCUGA